AGCAGGCAUGGAAAAGUCAGCAACAAAAUGCAGCCUCCUGUAGUUACAGCCCAUGAUUGCUCUCUCUUUUUGUGCUCCUUCAAGCAAAGCAAAGCUGCCGUGAGACUGAAAGAAGAUAUGAAAAGAGUGGUGUCUAGGCCUGGCAGAGGACAGCCCCCCAUGCCAUGCAGGAAAGUGUUUGGAGUGCCACUCAGAGACCUGCAAAAAGAGGGGCUGCUGAUAAAUGGCGUGCCAGCGGUGGUGUGGAACCUGGUGGAGUAUUUGCGCAGCGAGGGGAUGACACAUGAAGGCCUUUUCAGAGUGAAUGGAAACGUUAAAGUGGUUGAACAGCUCAGGGUGAAAUAUGAAAGUGGCGAGACGUUGACUUUAUCAGAAGAUGCAGAUGUCUAUUCUGCUGCCAGCCUACUGAAGCUGUUCCUUCGAGAAAUGCCAGAUGGAGUAAUCAGCACAGCCUUGCUUCCCAAGUUUAUUCAGAUAUACCAAGAGAGUGGAAGUGACACACACAGAGAAAAUAGUUUAAGGGAGCUCAUCCAUGAAUUGCCAGAUACCCAUUACAGCCUGCUGAAGUAUCUCUGCCACUUCCUGACUCAGGUGGUGGAGCGACAUGCCGAAAAUAAAAUGAGCAUCUACAACCUGGCCACUGUGUUUGGACCAAACUGUUUUCAUGUGUCUCCAGGUUUUGAGGGUAUGAAACAGCAGGAAAUAUGCAAUAAGAUUGUGGCAAAGUUGUUAGAAUAUUAUUCAAAGUUCUUUGAAUGUGAGCAUACAGAAAAGGACGGGUUGUGUGACAAUAUGGCCAGAAUAAUUACAGUAAAGGAAUAUAAUUCGGAGAAGAUGUUAAUUCCAACCAUAUCUGCUGAAAUUGAAGUUCCUCCUAUAUCUUCACGCAUAAUGGUUAACAAACCGAACACUGGAAAACAACUUCAGGAAUUUGAAGUGCCUGUGCCAAAGCAAUCAGAUGGGAUCCCCCAGGCAAGCUUGUUGUUGGCAGACAAAGAGGCCUCCUCUGAUGGCAUGGACCUGGUGGAUAACUUACUGACCAGCAGCAAUGACUCGCUUCGAAGUCUUCCAGCAGGUCCAGUUCCCUCCAUGACUAAGUGGCUGCCACACGUCAUGGUCCUGAAGUACUGUGAGCCCAGCCUGCGCAAUGAUGCACCCUCAGGGGGAUGUGUCAGCGAAAGUACCGAUCUCGGAAAGGAGCAGGAGGUGAUGUGCGGCUGGACUGACACUGUCAAACACAGCUGCCUGAGGACCCCAGCAGGCUGCCUGGGGUCCCCAGCAAGGCAGCUGUCAAGGCUACCAGAAGUAGCAGCUUUGCUCAUUGUAAACAGAGGACUGUGGACCUUUGAGCUGUACACUACGUGCCCCGAGGAACAUAGCCUGUUCAUGGGCACAGGGGGACAGGGCCUUGUGAGCACUGUAACCGUGACUACCCCUGCGAUCCGCCCUAUUCAUGAGGAAGCGCCUAGACCUGCAGCUAUUGGACGAUCGCACGUGAUUGACAGCUGUGUGCGUGGAAUCGCCAAGGGGAGUCGAAUUACAAGGAAGGCGGUCUAA